AUGGCAACCAAUAUAGGAUCAGUAUUCAACAAAUUCCUAUCUCUCUUUAUCCUUCUUGUCCAUCUCGGUUGCUUUAUUUUCACAGCCAAAUUAGAUGAUCCCCACCCUAAUAGCCCACCGCCAACCAAGAAACGCAAAAAAGUCUCUCCUCUUGCUCCCAUCUCUUCUUCCUCUUCUCGCCUGAAACCCCAGAAAGCUCUCUCUUCCUCUUGGUCCUAUCUAAAAAGCAUUUUCUCUUCUAAAACAUCCAAAACUCAAACUCAAUCUGCAACUCCGACUCUAACCUCGGCAAGAUCAUCUCAGCAGUCCAUUGUUACCAUGAUCCCACCAGAAACUCACUUGUCUGAACUUCCACCACGGAAAAAGUCAUCUGGGUCCGAAGAAGAAUCCGAUAUCUCAACAGAUCACCACUUCUUUCCUUUAAGAAACGAUAUCUUUCCAUGCACAGCUUGCGGUGAAAUCUUCCAAAAACCUCAGCUUCUUGAACAACACCAAGUUAUCAAACAUGCUAUCACACAGCUUCUAGAUGGUGAUUCAGGUAAGAAUAUAGUCCAUAUCAUAUUUAAAACUGGGUGGUCUUGUAAAGAGAAGAGCCCAGAAAUCCAUAGAAUUUUGAAGAUCCAUAAUAGUCCAAAGAUACUGUCAAGAUUUGAAGAGUACAGAGAGUUUGUCAAAGCCAAAGCUGCAAGAAACAGUAGUGCUGUCAAGAGAAGAGACGAGAGGUGCAUUGCUGAUGGUAAUGAGCUCCUGAGAUUUUACUGCUCAACUUUUAUGUGUGAUUUAGGACUGAAUGGGGAUUCUAGUAUUUGUAACCAGCAAUAUUGCAGUGUUUGUGGGGUAAUUAAGUCUGGUUUCUCACCCAAGAUGGAUGGAAUUUCUACACUAUCUACUAGUUGGAGAGCCCACACGGCGAUCCCUGAAGAGAUUGAAGAAGAGUUCAAGUUCAUGAAUGUGAAACGGGCUAUGCUAGUUUGUCGGGUAGUCGCCGGUCGGGUCGGGUGUGACUUGGAGGAAGAUGUGGACAAGCAGGACGGUGGGUCCGACUCUGUCCUGGGAAGAGGUGGCAAUGGGAUCCACACCAGGCUGGAUGAGGAGGAGCUGUUGGUGUUUAAUCCAAGGGCUGUGCUUCCUUGCUUUGUGAUUGUAUAUACUGUGUGA